AUGUUCUGCACGAUUUCAGGAGUACUGUUACUCAUCUUGUCUGUGCAUGCAGAUACGUCUCUGUGGGACAGUAGAAUUUGCUUCUAUCAUGAGGAUGAAGGCCCAUGUAAUAAAACUAUCAAGCGAUACUAUUAUAAUGCGACAAUCGGAGAAUGUGUAAUGUUUACAUAUGGUGGCUGUGGCGGUAACGCGAAUAAUUCAAAACACUUGAAGAAUGUAAUUCAACUUGCGGGAAAAGUGGUCGGUUCGAUAGAAAAAUUUGCUCUUUGGAUGCUGCAGUGUCUGGAUGCGGAUAUUCACGCUCAGCUUGGUACUAUGAUGUGUUUAAUGAUAGAUGCAGAAGAUGGAAUGCAAAGUGAAAUGUGGAUCACCGCUCGCUCGGACAUUCAAAAUAAGAACGACAACAACAACAACAACCACAAGCACCGAAAAUGUAUCCGAAUCACUGAAUUCCACAACUCAAGUAUCAAGAAUAUACUUAGUACUGCUCACUUGACUUUCACAUGUACUGAAGUCAACGGAAUACCUUUCAGUAAAGACACUGUUUUACAAGUGUUUAUAUUGUCAGCUUUUAAGCCGCCUUCAUUAGUCUCUUCGACCUCAUUCUGCUUAUCGUUUUGGCUGUUGCUUCGAAUCGCGCACCUCUCUUCAAACGGAGUUCACAUCAUUUGCAAAUAUAUGACAUUCAAGUAUAAAGCACAACUGGAAUUGGAGAAGUUAUAA